UCCCAUUGGUGCUUCUGAUUGGCCUUGGGGUGGGGGAGAAAACCAUACAGCUGGGAAGGUGUUGAGUUUCAUCAAUUUGUUUACGCGUAUGCAGAGGCUCCAAAGGGAGAGCGCGUCCUGAUAUACAGAGGCAGCGGAACGGACUGUCAACACCUACAUGACAGAGAUCGGGCUUUUGCACACAAUAUUUCAUAUGUCAGACGUGCUAUAUGUAGCUUUUAAACACAAAUGUGAUUGUGGGUUGUGAGAACAGUGUCUAACUGGAGCCUUUGCAGCGCCUCCAACAACACUAAAUGUCAGCGGCAGAUGACAGCCCCUCUCCAAAAAGGGCUGGGCAUGUCUCUCACGAAGACGCUGCUAUUAAUAACAUGUAAUGAACAUAAUCUGUAGGAUAAGUUAUCCUCUUGUGUGUGGUGGCUGUGCGGAGAUCGAAAAGCCGUUGCAAUUGCACGGCUAACGUUCUAACCAACACUGCAGUAAAGAAAACAAAACAGACAGUCAACGAUAGUUUUGUUUUCCCCAUAUCCCACACCGGUGCUCAGUCACAGGACAGGGAAGCUAAAGAUACUUACUGCACAGUGUUGUAUGUCCAUUGCACUAUAAAGCACUGUUUUCAAGUGCUGUGAGCUGAGGUUGUUGAAUCAAGGAUACACAUAGGUUCUGUGUGUGCAGUGAUAGACAUGAACACUCCUGCGUACUCUGGAGCCAUGAUAACUGGCUGUUGGGCGCUCACAUCUGAUGGCAGUGGCAGUAGUGAAGAGUCAUUAGACAGACUUCUUCCUCCGGUGAACACAACUCUGUCUCCUCGUAAAAGAACCACGAGCCAAUGCAAGUCAGAACCACCCCUGCUGAGAACAAGCAAGCGGACGAUCUACACCGCGGGACGGCCUCCGUGGUACAAUGAGCAGGGAACGCAAUCAAAAGAAGCAUUUGUCAUUGGUCUCUGUGGGGGCAGCGCUUGUGGAAAAACAACAGUAGCCAGGAAGAUAAUCGAAGCCUUGGAUGUGCCCUGGGUGGUGCUGUUGUCUAUGGAUUCCUUUUACAAGGUUCUCUCUCCAGAAGAGCAGCAGCUUGCAGCCAGAAACGACUACAAUUUCGACCACGUCGAUGCGUUUGAUUUCGUUCUCCUUGUGCACACGCUGAGGAAGCUGAAACAGGGCAAGAGUGUGAAGAUCCCAGUCUACGAUUUCACCACACAUGGUCGGCAGAAAGAGUGGAAAAUCGUGUAUGGAGCUAGUGUUAUUAUAUUUGAAGGUAUCAUGUCUUUCGCCGACAAAGAGCUGUUGAAGCUUUUAGACAUGAAGAUUUUUGUAGAUACAGAUUCUGAUAUCCGGCUGGUCCGACGCCUACGCAGGGACAUUACUGAACGUGGGCGGGAGAUUGAGGGUGUUAUCAAACAGUACAACAAGUUUGUGAAGCCUGCUUUCGAGCAGUACAUUGAGCCCACCAUGCGACUGGCCGAUAUCGUCGUCCCCCGGGGUGGAGCAAAUAUGGUAGCAAUUGAUCUGAUAGUCCAACAUGUGCACAGUCAACUGGAGGAGAGGAAACUGCGCUGGGAUAUGGCAGCCCUGGCGUCAGCUCAUCAGUUCCAGCCCCUCCCUGAGACUCUCAGCGUUCUGAAGAGCACUCCGCAGGUCAGGGGGAUGCACACCAUCAUCAGAAACAAAGAGACAAGUCGCGAUGAGUUCAUUUUCUAUUCGAAAAGGCUUAUGAGGCUACUUAUAGAGCAUGCUCUUUCUUUCCUGCCAUCUCAGUCCUUUACAGUUCAGACACCACAGGACCAGGAUUAUGAUGGAAGAACGUUUCAUGGGAAAAGAAUCACAGGGGUGUCCAUUCUCCGAGCUGGAGAGACCAUGGAGCCUGCACUACGAGCAGUGUGUAAAGAUGUGAGAAUCGGGAAGAUCCUCAUUCAGACCAAUCAGGACACAGGAGAACCUGAGCUGCAUUACCUAAGGUUGCCAAAGGACAUCACUGAAGACCAUGUAAUACUGAUGGACUGCACUGUAUCAACAGGAGCUGCUGCUAUGAUGGCAGUAAGAGUCUUAUUGGAUCAUGAUGCUCAGGAGGAGAAGAUCUUCCUGGUGUCUCUACUCAUGGCAGAGAUGGGGGUGCACUCUGUGGCCUACGCCUUCCCCCAGGUCAAAAUCAUCACCACCGCUGUGGAUAAGAAAGUCAACGACCUGUUCCACAUCAUCCCGGGGAUCGGUAACUUUGGGGAUCGAUACUUCGGUACAGACGCCCCUCCUGACUGGAGUGACGAGGAACCGGAGGAGGCCAGCUAACAGGCUUCAGCACUGAUCACAAUCCAGUCCAUUGGAUCUGCUGUAGGCAGCUAUACACAGUGUAAAAGACAUGUGCGCCCUCAUGGCCCACUUGUAAGGAAAGAACUUCCACCAGAAAAACAAAUGUAACACGUUUGUAUUCACGAGAUCUAUACAAAAUCUGUAAAUAUGUACAGAGGUACGAAAAUGAACUUUUUAAAUGGGUGUAUUAUAUAUAUAAUAUACAUCUGAUUUUAUUAUCAUUUUUUUGUUCCGUGUUUGUAAAUAUUCAGAGAUCUUAGAGGUUGAACAAAGUUUUAGUUUUGGAGCCAGGUAAAGUCUCUUGGUAGAAUUUUUUGCAAAAACAUUUGGAUUUUAUUAUGUAAACAAAACAGGUUAAAAAAAAAUAAAAAAAAACAGUAAAAAAUAAGAUGGACACAGCGCUGAGCUCUAAAGUGCAUUAUCUUGAAUUUAAUGUUCUGAAUGCAGUACUUCCAACAUAUUUUAAAAUACAGUAGUAUUUAAUUUUUUUAUAAGAUAAUUUAUCAUGUAUUGAUCUGCAUUUUAAAUGUAACCUUCAAGUAGAUUUGAUUUUCCUGUUGCAUUAGAAGCGUUGCAUUUAUAGGUUGCAAGGACCAGCACGUCGGAAAAUUGUGUGGGUGUCGUAACUUUAACCCUUCACUUCCCUCCAUGGCCAAGAACUAUAGUGACCAAACCGCUACUGUGCACAACACAGCAAAGGGUAUUGGUGAUUGUUUUAAUCUAACGGGCUGCAGAUAAAGUAUUUACAUUUAUCAUUAAGGGAUGAAGCCUAACAUGCUUAUAAAUGCAAAGCUACUGCAUCAUUUCUCUGUAAUGGAAAUUUGAGAUCUUAAAACUGCAGCUCUUUUUGUGUCUUGAAUCUACAGCAAUCGUAUCAAUAUAAAGCUGUACACCAAUCUGUAUCUCUCAAUCUGAUAUAAGUCAGGCAAACAAACUACAGCCGUGCUGACACAUUGUGAGAGAAUUGCAAAGCUCUGCCUUGAGACAUCAUCUACACUUGGAUAAGUGAAGGAUUUUACUUCAUUGCAAUUUCAUUUAAACAAAUCCGCAGCAGCAUGCUUUAUACAGCAGUUAUUUAGGAUUGUGAUUCAUAUUAUUUACUACCUCAAUCUGUUCUUUUUUAAAAUCUGCAUUGAUUUCUCAACACUACAAACACAUUUCUGCUAGAUGGUAGUUUCUGAACACACUAACGCUUCUACACUGCUGCAUGUGUUCAGGAUUCUUAUUUUGUUUUUGUAUUUAGGACUUUAUUUUAAUGGUAUACUGUAACUUGUAUUUUUCUUAAAGGGAAAAGGUUUAGCCAUACAGAUAUAUAUGAAGAGAUAUAUUUAGUGUUUUAAUUUAAUUUUUAACAGUAGUGAAUCAAAGAGGAAGAUUUUAUUGUCUAAGUAUUAUGAAAACAUUGGUGCAAUAUUUUUUUUUUUGAAAAUGGUACUUGUGUUACCUUCAUAAUAAAUAUGCUGAUGCAUGGAAAAUGCUUUAUCGUUAAAGAUGUAAUUGUAGGAAUAUCAAAUGGUAAAAUAAUUCAGAGAUACAAUCCCAAAGAGCAUUAACAGGCUUUUCCAAUACCAAAAAGUAUCGACAGCACAAACUCCAUGCCACCUUACUGCAACUACAAUAUACAGCAUGCCAUGUAAUAUACUGUGACUUCCCAUUAUGUGUUCUGCUAUUGUUUAUUUAUUCAAUUAUAUUGUUUUUUUCUUUACAAUUAAACAAAAUAAGCCUGUUAUUGGGUGCCUUGUAAGUGUGCUGUAAUAAACGUUUUAGAAAGUUAUGGUACUUUCCAGCGAUAAACAUUAUAAAUAAAUAUACGGACAGAAGAUAAUAAAAAAUAAAAAAAUUACAAAGAUU